CGUUUUUCUUUUAAGCUCCAAAUAGAAACCAGGAAAAAAGAAAAAGCCAAAAACCCGAUAUUAUAUACAAAACAAACCAAAAUUUUAUUUGCAUGCUUUUAAAUUUGAUUUCAUGGCUGUAACAAGCACAUCAAACAAAAAAGAAAUGGAUCGGAUCAAAGGUCCAUGGAGCCCCGAAGAAGAUGAUUUGCUUCAAAAACUAGUCCAAAAAUAUGGACCUAGAAAUUGGUCUUUGGUCAGCAAAUCGAUCCCGGGUCGGUCCGGGAAGUCCUGUCGGCUCCGAUGGUGCAACCAACUGUCUCCGCAAGUUGAGCACCGGGCCUUCACCCCCGAGGAAGACGAGACCAUCAUCAGAGCUCAUGCCCGAUUUGGUAACAAGUGGGCCACAAUAGCCCGACUCCUCAACGGUCGUACGGACAACGCCAUUAAAAACCACUGGAACUCAACGCUAAAACGUAAGUGCUUGUCGGUUGGGGAAGAGAGUUAUUUCAUUACGCAUGGUGGGUAUGACGGUAAUUUGGGAGGGGAAGGGGAGCAACAACCGUUGAAAAGAUCAGUUAGUGCUGGGCUUUACAUGAGCCCGGGGAGCCCAUCUGGGUCCGAUUUGAGCGAUUCCAGCGUCCCCGUUUUAUCAUCUUCACACGUGUACAAGCCCAUCCCGAGGACCGGCGGAGUCAACGUUGACGUCAAUGUUAUGCCAUUACCUGGAGCCGAAGCGGCGGCGUCUUCUUCUAACGAUCCACCGACUUCACUGAGUUUGUCUUUACCUGGGGCUGAAUCGUAUGAGUUGUCAGUUUCAACCCUCCCAGUUACCGAAUCUACUCAGACGAGGAACGAAGCGAAAAAUGAUGGAAAGGGAGGCGGGGUGAUGGGGUUCAGUGCGGAGUUUAUGGCGGUGAUGCAGGAAAUGAUAAGAAUGGAGGUGAGAGAUUACAUGGUUCAGAUGCAACAGCAAAAUGGCGGCGUUUCGGGAGGAGAGGGAAUGGGGAUGUGUUUGGAUGCGGGGUUUAGGAAUGUUUUGUCUAUGAGUCGAAUUGGGGUUAAUAAGAUUGACUAAACUCCAUAUUGUGGAAAAAAAAAACCCAAAAAAGAAUGGUCUUUUAUUUUGUUUUGGUUUUCCCCCCUUAAUAAUUGUUAUUAAUGUACAGAGAAUGAGAAAGAUAUGGGUUUAAAGAGAAGUUGAGAAAGAAAGAAAAACGGACUUUUAAAAAUUAAAUGACAAAAAUCCCUUGAAUUUCAAUA